UUUGCGGCGGCAGCCCUCCUUUCACUUACUUUGAACGGCGAGGGAGAGUUGGUGGACUUGAGGACGCGUCCGCUGGGUUCAUUAAUAAGAAAUAGACAGUCUGCUGUCAUGGCGGAGGCGGAGGCUUGCCCUGCUUUUCGGCUCGGCGGGUCGCGCUACGAUCAGGGUUCCUUUCUCGGCCGUCUGAGACACUUUGUGGACAUCAUUGACCCAAGCACGCUCUUGGUGUCGGAGACGCGUCUUAAAGAGAGCAUCAAACUCCUGGAUGACUUUAAACAUGGAAGACUUCCAACAGGAGUCUCUGAUCUUCAGCUGUGGGAGGCCCAAAAGGUCAAGCAGGCCAUCAUUCAUCCCGACACAGGCGACAAGAUCUUCAUGCCGUUCCGAAUGUCAGGUUACGUACCUUUCGGAACGCCCAUUGUCAUUGGCCUCCUCCUGCCCAAUCAGACAGUGGUGUCCACCAUUAUAUGGCAGUGGUUGAAUCAGAGUCACAAUGCUUGUGUCAACUACGCCAACCGCAACGCUACCAAGCCAACGCCAACCUCCAGGUUCCUUCAAGGUUACUUGGGAGCUGUGACCAGUGCUGUGUCUAUUGCAGUGGGACUGAAGGUUCUGAUUGACAAGGCCAACAAGCUGAGUCCUGCCACCAGAACGAUCAUCCAGAGAUUGGUCCCUUUCCCGGCGGUUGCGAGUGCAAACAUCUGCAACGUGGCCCUGAUGAGACACAACGAGCUCUCCGAAGGCAUCGACGUACUCGACGCCGAUGGCAAGGUGGUGGGCUCCUCCAAAAUUGCGGCCAGACACGCCAUUGCAGAGACGGCCUUCACACGUGUGGUCCUCCCCAUGCCCAUCUUUGUGCUGCCCCCCAUCAUCAUGUCCUACCUAGAAGGGCUGCGUUUCCUGCAGACCAAACGGCGACUGAUGCUGCCCAUCCACAGCCUGGUGUGUCUGCUGACGUUCGGCCUGUCGCUGCCCGUGGCCAUCAGCCUCUUCCCACAGAUGUCACAGAUUGAGGUGUCUCACCUGGAGCCUGAGAUCGCCAUGGCAACAGAUUGCAAGGUGGUGACCUACAACAAAGGUUUAUGAUGGAUGGCGCCCGACGCGUUCAGAGAAGAGAGAAGACGGGAGGAAACACACGAGCGUUCAUCUCGCUUUGGGAUUUAAAAAAAAAAUAUCUUCUUCCCAUCCUAACAAAACAAUCUUUUAACAAUUAUCUACAGUUUGUAGGAGCAUGAUUAAAUAUAUAAUAGGAUAUUAAACGUGUAUUUUACAGUACCGUGGGAAUACAGGCGUACGCUUUAGACCUGCAAUGACAGUGUUUGCCACAGGGGGGCAGCAAAAAUACCUUAUUUUACUCUCCCAUUUUUAAAAAUUGAAUUGAAGUAUUGAUCCCCAAAGUUAAAAAACGAAAUACAAAUAAUUACAAUUAUUUUUGGGGACGAAUUACAUGUAUAUAAUAAAAAGUAUAUUAAUAAUAUUUUUGUAACAUUUUAUAAUAUUGUUUUUAAUUUAAUAGAAAUAUGUUUUAAUCAUUUCUGCUGCAAAUGCUCAUUAAAUAUAGUUUGUAACAUACAUUUAAGAAAAAUACACAUAUACAAUACACAUGAAUAAUUGACUAAAAUGAUUAUAAAACAUAAUAACAUCAAUUGUACAUUUGGUCAAAUACAAUUUUUAUACAAAAGAUUAUUAACACUCCAGUUUAAGGAUGAAAUGAGCCAGUUUGAAAACGAGAAUGCGAGCAAAAAUGUAAUAAUUAAAAACUUGCUAAAAUUGCUGCUGCAGUAUGGAACAUCAUGAGAGCUGCUUUUUCAGAUGCCAUAUAAAACGGUGCUAUUGUUAUGGUUGGUAUUGUUCUUUAAGUUUGCACUACGUUUUACUGAGUUGUCAACCCAAAUUGUUUCAAAUAUUUGUAUUCCUCAAUACAUUUUUAAUUACCCGGUUUUAGUUUGACAAGAUGUUGGUUGUCUAUUUUAACUGUGAGAAGCACUGCAGUAAAUAAUAUUCAUACAAUUGAAAUUAUUCUUGAAUGUAGUCAUACCACAGGGAUAAAAACAUUACCAAUGUGAAAAAUGUGGAGACUGUACUGUAGUAUGUUUUUGAAUUGCCUCAAGACGGUUCAUACUUACAUUAUUUCAGUAUUUUACCAUCAACAAUGGAAACCUUUUCCGUCAUUGCAAGCAGAUUGGAAAGGUAUGUACAGUAUGUACACCUAAUUUUGUUAUUUUGCACACUUUUAUUAGAGAAUUGUAUAUGAGUGUACCUAUAUGAAGUGUUGUUUUCAAAUAUUUGUAUAAUACACUAAAGGUUUAAUGGUUUUACGUAAUUUAAAAUUGAUAAUAAAUUGUCUUUUUCC